AUGGGAAGAGAAGGGGUGGGGGCCACAGACACAGAGGGGAAGGUGCUGGACAGUCAGGGAGGCCUCAGGAAGAGGCAGAGGGAGCCGGCCCCCCGGGGACAGUUGGAGGCUUUUUUGGUGAGGGGGAGGGAGAGUGGUGUGAAGGGAGGGAUCCCCAACCCAAGGGGUCACCGUCCGCAGCCCAGACCCCAGGACCUGACACCCAGGCAGGCAUGCCGAGGCUUCCUGUAUGAACAGCAGGGGGCAGUAGGCAUCUUCGGAAUCCGCCUGGGUCUUUGGGGGCGCAGCCCUGGCCCGGAGCACCUCCUAAUCCCGCACAUCUGGACGGCUUUAGUCAGCAAAGCCUCUUCAUCCGCCAUCUCCUCUAUCCUCCCCACGCUGAGAACGGGUGUGGGGGGGGCCACACAAGAGGGUGCCAAGUCACAGCGGGCUGGGGGGCUGGGGCUGGGAGGGGUCUCGGGCCUGCCCAGGCAGCCAGGGGUGCCGCCCGUGGGUCGGGGAGAGGUUUCCAGGGCGAGGCCCAUGCUGGUUGAAGGACGUGUUCUGAAUCGCCCAGGUGCACGGCCCCCGGGGCUCCAUGCCCUUACUGAGCCGGGGCCCAGCCCAGGGGAGGCCAUUUAUACCCCUCCCCUGGCCCACCAGCCCAACCGGCCGCCGGCUGACCCACUCUGCACCGUAGCACAGAAGCUAGGGACAGCUGCAGCUCCUCCAAGCCUCACCCUGGACUUUGGGACACUCUCCUCUUACUCCCGCUGGGGGAAUUCCAAGAUGACAGCUCCCCCCACCCCCACCGAAGAGGGGACAGCUCUGAAUUCAGGACUUCAGGAUGGGGGAAAACGCAACAGGGCCAUCACGGCCCGCAGACAGCACCUGAAGAGCGUCAUGCUCCAGAUCGCAGCCACGGAGCUGGAGCAGGAGGGGAGCCGCCGCGAGUCCGAGAAGCAGUCAUACCUGCAGGAGCACUGCCCACCCCUGCACAUCCCCGGCUCUAUGGCUGAAGUACAGGAACUCUGCAAGCAGCUACAUGCCAAGGUGGACGUGGCCGAGGAGGAGAAGUAUGACAUGGAAAUCAGGGUGCAGAAAAGUACCAAAGAGCUGGAGGACAUGAACCAGAAGCUCUUUGACUUGAGAGGCAAGUUCAAACGACCCCCACUUCGGAGGGUGCGCAUGUCCGCCGACGCCAUGCUUAAGGCCCUCCUGGGCUCCAAGCACAAGGUGUGUAUGGACCUGAGAGCCAACCUGAAACAGGUCAAGAAAGAGGACACCGAGAAGGAGCGGGACCUCCGAGAUGUUGGCGACUGGCGGAAGAACAUCGAGGAGAAGUCAGGCAUGGAAGGUCGGAAAAAGAUGUUCGAGUCCGAGUCUUAG